CAAAAAUUACGACGAUGGAAGGGAAAAACAAUCGCUUUCUGUUACUAUUUUGUCAAAUUUUUCUUUCAGGGUUAGCAGUUGAUGCAUUAUCGUACGAUUAUGGCGCUUCAAUCGAAUGUUUGGCCAGCCCUCUCAAACCUCAAUAUGGGGGAGGAAUUGUUGGCAAUCCAGAACUAGAUCAUGGCACGACGGGUUGGACUACAUUCGGAGACGCACAAGUACAACAAAGAGUAUCUAAAGAAGGCAACAAUUUCAUCGUUGCGCACCACCGGAACCAACCCCACGAUAGUUUCUCGCAAAAGUUUUACUUGGAGACGGGAAAGUUCUACACGUUUUCUGCUUGGUUACAAGUAAGCGAAGAAAAUGCUCAAGUAGCUGCAAUUUUCAAGACACAAUCCGGUUUUGAACAUGCUGGUUGGGUUGCUGCUAAGUCUGGUUGUUGGUCCAUGCUCAAAGGUGGCCUCACUGUUAAUGCUUCAGGCCCUGCUGACCUUUAUUUUGAGAGCAAAAAUACAUCGGUUGAGAUAUGGGCGGAUAGCAUUUCAUUACAACCGUUCACCGAAGAGGAGUGGAGAUCUCAUCAACAACAAAGCAUAGAGAAGGCUCGGAAGUCCUCGGUGAAGCUCGUAGCAGUGGACGCCAACGGAAACCCGCUACCAAACGCAACGGUCACCGUAACACAAAUCAACGGGAGAUUUCCGUUCGGGUGCGCCAUCAGCGACCAGAUCAUAUACAACACCGGCUACCAAAACUGGUUCAAAUCCAAAUUCAAGUACACCACCUUCGAAAACGAGAUGAAGUGGACCAGCACCGAAUACGCCCGAGGACCCGAGGACUACUCCAAGCCCGACGCCAUGCUCCGGUUCACGUCCCGAAACGGGAUCUCCGUCCGUGGCCACAACGUCUUGUGGGAUGACAAGCGGUUCGUGCCCGGGUGGGCCCAAUCUCUCUCCCCCAAGGACCUACGGUUCGCGGUUGAUAACAGGGUGAAUUCCAUCGUGAGAAGAUACUACGGAAAGGUUAUAUCUUGGGACGUGGUGAAUGAGAAUUUGCACUUCAAUUUCUAUGAAAGCGUGUUUGGAAAAUACGCUUCGGCCAUCUUGUACAGUAAGGUCAAUGGGAUUGAUGGUGGAACGACAACGUUGUAUCUGAAUGAGUACAAUACGAUAGAAGAGCCGGGCGAUGGGGCUUCUUCGCCCGACAAGUACCUUCAGAAGAUCCGGGAGCUUCGGUUCGGAGGGUAUAAAGGGCCUCUGGGUAUCGGUCUGCAGGGACAUUUUAGGACCCCCAACCUUCCUUACAUGAGAGCCACUAUCGACAAGCUUGCUUCUACUGGGUUGCCCAUUUGGCUUUCUGAAGUAGAUGUCGUAUCCGGUCCAAAUCAGGCUGGGUAUUUAGAGCAAGUGUUAAGGGAAGGUCACGGGCACCCGAGUGUCCGUGGGAUAUCACUGUGGUCGGCGUGGAGGCCGCAGGGCUGUUACACUAUGUGCUUGACUGAUAACAACUUCAGAAAUCUGCCCACCGGAGAUGUCGUCGACAAGCUCAUCAGGGAGUGGGGGACCUUCCCGGCAGAAGGGUUUUCCGGCGUCACGGAUUCCAAGGGUCGGUUUGAGGCUCGGCUCUUUCAUGGAGAUUAUAAGGUCAUUGUUACCCACCCGAAUAUCAAUGGGUCGUCGGUGGUAGAUCAAAGCUUCGAGGUUGGUCCAAUGGACGAGUCCCAGAAGAAAAUAGUACAUGUUAAAGUUUCUAUAUGACUUGUUUCAUCUUUUGGAAUUAGUAUGUGAUUCCGACAAUAGUGUUUGGAAAAAAGGAAACUGAUUUCUGAAAAGAGAUGUUUCGAAUGAAAUUCAAUCACUUACCGAUGUAUGAGAUCAAUGGCUUAUCGAUAUAUUUAUGACUUUUUCCAUGAGUGGCUACUCUUGAAAUGAUUAA